AACAGCUCCAAAGCCACAAGUUUUGUAGAGAGAGAAAGGGUAUUGUAUUAGACAGCAUAAAGUUAAAUAAACCAAUAAUUGAAUAGAAAAAAGAAGAUUUUGGCAGAAAAUAAUCUAUCGGGAGGGAUUGCUGUAGUACAAACUAUCGCAGCAAAUUCAGUAAUGAUAUUGGCAGAGAUCUUUACGAUCUUCUUUACGAGCAGAGCAGUAGGCUAAGUUCCACUGUCCGCUGCUGCUGCUGCUGCUGCCACCAUUAAAGACCUCGAUUGGGUCUCUUGUUUUCCUUUGUAGCCUUGAUGAUGUACUGUUCCAUUCAAUUUCCAUAGCUUCCAAACAAUCCGUAGCCAGAGAAAGAACACCUAUCACAGGCUCUGUCUCUAUAAAUAUCUCAUGUAGAAAGAGAAUUGCCCAACCAGACCGUUAAAGGAAUUGGGGAGGAAGGGGAUUGUGUAAAGUGAUCUGGGGUUUUCCUGGUCAAGUGGGUAUCUAUCACAUAAAGGGACAUAACUCUCAAAAGCUGUGCUGAAGCAGAGAGAGAAAGUGGGAGGAGAGAGAGACAGAGAGAGAGCGUGAGAGAUGGGUUAGGCUGUGGAAUUGAACUGGGUUUAGGCUUCUGGUUGUGGUUUUGGUAUUGGAUUUUCAGUAUUGGGGAAUAGUUGGGGAGGGAAUGGGGGAUGGAAGUGAAAAAAAUGAAUGGCAGAACUUUUUGGGAGAGGCAGACGAGGCGGCAGAAUCUUCAGCAGCAGCAGAAGCAACAGGUUUCAGAGUGGUGGCAGCAGCAGCAAUUGCAGAAAGGAGAAGGGGAGAGAGAGGAGAGAGAAGAGGAUAAAAGAAGCCAUUAAGAUUAGGAAAAAAGCACUGCCCAUUUAAAGCUGGAAGAAGGAAAGCAAAACAGUCCGAGUCUGGAUCCUCAAGGAAAUCGCCAUCAUCAUCAUCAGAACCAGAUUCUAAAUUCGAGGCAUGUAGAAGGAAAAGAGGAGGAAGACGACCAAGAUUCUCCGCCCCACCACCGCCAAGACCACCAUAACCUCCAUCAGCAGCAAUCGCAGCCCUUCAAUGUGCACCAGGAUCAGCAUCUUUUUCUUCAAAACACCCACCAAGACGACCAAAGUCUACAAAAUUACUACGCAGCUUUAGAUUCACAGUCACAACAACAACAAACCCACCAGCAGCAAGCCCCCAAGAAACGCUCUUACUUUCAGCUUCCUCCUCCUCAUCCUGUGGCGGCACCUGCCGCCUCUGCCUCCACUUUUGCCGACCAGAGCAUCGAAUAUGCGAGAAAAAUGGGUGAGAGCCACCGCCAAACAACAACGUCGUCAAGGCUGGGGAUGAGAACCGGCGGGGGCGGCGGCGAGAUCGUGGAGGUUCAAGGAGGCCACAUUGUUCGUUCCACUGGAAGAAAAGAUCGUCACAGCAAAGUUUGCACCGCCAAAGGCACAAGAGACCGCCGGGUUCGCCUCUCGGCCCAUACCGCCAUCCAGUUCUACGAUGUUCAAGACCGCCUCGGCUACGACCGACCCAGUAAAGCUGUAGACUGGCUUAUCAAAAAGGCCAAGGCCUCCAUUGACGAGCUCGCCGAGCUCCCUGCAUGGAAUCCGAGCACAGCUAACGCAUCCACACAGCGGCAGGAGCAGCAGAGCCUAAACGAUGAGAACGAGAGUCUACUUUCUGUCCAACGUGAUGUCUUCAGUCCAACCGGUAAUCGGAGAGCUUCGGUGGUGGGGAGCCACAGCAGAGUUUCAGAGUUUCCUCUGCAAAACUUGCAGCAUACCCAAAUGGGGGGAGGCCCAAAUAACAGCACCUCGAGCUUUCUCCCACCGUCGUUGGACUCGGACUCCAUUGCUGAUACCAUCAAGUCCUUCUUCCCCGUUGGCACGGCGGCGGCGGAGACCACCUCAUCGUCCAUUCAGUUCCAGAAUUUCCCACAAGAUUUGCUUUCCAGGACGAGUAGCCAGAACCAAGAUCUGCGUCUUUCUUUGCAAUCUUUUCAAGACCCAAUAGCUAUUCACCGGCACCAUCAUGCUCAGCACCAGAGUCAAGGUCAUCAGAAUGAUCACGUUUUAUUCCCCGGCACCGCCACAUUAAGUGGGUUUGAUGUGACCACCGCUGGUUGGUCUGAGCACAACAACCUCAAUCCGGCGGAGAUUAGCCGGUUCCCGAGGAUAACUUCCUGGAAUGCAUCUGGUGCAGAAACUGGUAGUAGCGGCAGCAGUGGCCAUGGCGGAGCUGCGAUUAGAAGUGCAGGAUAUGUCUUCAACUCGCCUCACUUGUCAACUGCACUGCCACCGUCGUCACUUAUGCAGCCAUUAUUUGGUGAAAACCAGUUUUUUUCUCAGAGGGGACCCCUUCAGUCCAGUAACACACCUUCAAUUCGCGCUUGGAUUGAUCAAUCACUUACAGCUACUGAUCAUCAACAGCAUCACAUGCCACCAUCGAUCCACCAAUCUUCCUACACAAGUUUAGGAUUCGCCUCAGGCGGGUUCUCCGGGUUUCACAUUCCAACGCGAAUUCAAGGUGAUGAGGAGCACAAUGGCAUUUCAGACAAGCCAUCCUCUGCUUCCUCUGAUUCUCGCCAUUGAUUAGAUCAAAAUCCCAAGAUUUCUCCGUCAACAGACGAUUAUGUUAUUGCAGGUGUGCAUCUUCAAUCAGAAAGCCAAGGUUAGCAGCACCUGCAGUCAAGCCACCGCAUGGCUCUCAAGAGGGUAGAAUUUUGGGUCGUUUUUGUUUCAAUGGCCUUUACCAUGGAAGUACUGAAUCUGAGAGUUUUUCAGGUCUUAUGGUCCAUGGUUUAUUUAUCUUCUGUCAGUUGAUUAUGUUAUUUCAUGCUGGAAAAAAAAAAGGACUCUUAGUUCUAAUAUUUGUUUAAUCCAACGAUGAAACUGUCUUUCGUUUUGUUUAUGUAGCAAGACUUUGAUUAUUAUAACUACUUUUUUAAUCAA